AUGAGGUCAACUCCAUCCUUCUCUUUCCGUAUACUAACCCAUAAUAUCCGAUAUGCUACCCCAUCCCCUUUCAAGGGCGAGCGGCCGUGGAACGAGCGGAAGCAACUCCUUUUGAACGAGCUCCACUACAACACUCGCUUCGGCAGCGAUGCCUUCAUCUGUCUUCAGGAAGUUCUCCACAAUCAACUUGUGUAUAUUCACACGGGCUUGAAUUCGAAAUCGAAAUCAAAAUCUCUAGAAUGGGCCUUUAUCGGAGUUGGCCGGGAUGAUGGCCAACAGGCCGGAGAAUACGCACCCAUCUUCUACCAACCAUCCGUCUGGAAUCUUCAGUCGUGGGAGACGGUUUGGCUCUCCGAGACUCCUAACAAACCAUCUAAAAGCUGGGACGCGGCCUCCACUCGCAUUGUCACCAUUGGUGUCUUUACUCAUCGAAAAAGCGGGAAUACAGUCCUCGCGAUGAACACGCACCUGGAUGACCAGGGCUCUCGCUCCCGGCUUGAAGCAGCGCGUAUCAUUCGUUCCAAGAUCCAUGAGUAUAGGACUGGAGAUUAUAGGGGAUUGAUCUCCGGUAGUUUCUUGUCUGGGGAUCUAAAUAGCGAGGAGGAUCAAGAAGCGUAUCAGGAUUUGACGGGGUCAGGGGACCUGCUCGAUACCUUCAAAUCGGUCGAACCUUUGCAACACUAUGGAAAUAUCAAUACUUUUACUGGAUUUGGAUAUGAUGCAGAGCCAGCGAAGCGAAUCGACUAUGUGCUCCUGGCCUCUGGUGGGAACCAGGAAUGGCGGGUAGAUGGGUAUUCUGUAUUGACCAACCGGUUCGAUGACGGGGUAUUCAACUCGGAUCAUCGUGCUGUGGUUGCUGAUGUGACGCUAUUGGGAUGA